AAGAUGUGUGAACAAACGUGGACUAUUGUUCAAUUCGAAGAAGAUUGCUCUGUGGAAGCGGUACCCUCAACAUGGAUACAAGGGCAAUUUUGUCAUUGGCCUACAUAUUCACAAGACAAAUUAAUGACUGCAAUCAGAAAGCAUGAAUCUUUAAAUACAUGCUGGCCUAGCUAUAAAAUUAGAAGCUUCAGAAAUUCUACUUUUAAUGACUAUUCCAAAGCACGCUCAAAAGCACGUACCGCUGAAUUUACAAGUGAUUUAAAUUCUGAAAUAGAAGAUAAUGCUAAAAGGAAAAGAAUUCAAAAAAUUUUAUCUUCCUCUUCAUCAGAAGAUAGCUUGGAAACUUCUUUAUUAUCACAACCACCAAGAUUGAAACAGACAACUAGAAUAAAGCAGAAAAAUCUUGAAAAAAGUUCUAAAUCAGUUUAUGAUUCCCCAAAUCAGUCUACGUAUCAGUUAUCAUAUAAUACAGAAAAUAGUAAGCCUUUAUAUAUUAACUACUUAAUCGCAUAUUUUGAUUAAUACUGUGCAUAUUUUAAGUAUAUAUACUAUACAUUUGUGGUCAAUUUGUUCAUUAUAUAUAGUAUCUAACAAUUCAAUAUUUUAUUCAAUAAAAACUAUACCAUAGUUUUCCAAAUAGUUCUCCAAAAACUUUGCUAGCUUAAAAAGGUUUUACUAAUUAAAUAUAAUUUUAAGACGAUAUGAAAAUAUGUAAUUAAUGCAUCGGCGAAUAAUUUUUUAUUUAGAGAAUGUCGUAACAUACAUGUCAAAAUAAGACAAAUUGAAUGUUACACAGAGUUUUCUAUGCACUUAUUGUAUGAUGAAUUUUCCGUUCAGAUAUAAAAAUUUUGUUUUCUAAUUCUAUCUAUCGUUGAAAACUGCGUGUGUGAAGUUGUUAUAUAAAUCUAGAUUUUGAUGAACAAUUUGCUACUGUACACAUUUGCUGUACAAUCCACGUGCCACAAUAUUUAACAAAUGAUAAAUAUUUAUCACAUAAUUUCUUGUAGAAUUAGAU